CAAGAGGCGAGCGGCUGCUGGGCCUGGGCGCCCUGAAGAGAGAAGGCGCGGGACCCACGUGCGGCAGGGCCUGCGGGGCAGGCUCACGGGGCUGGACAGACGGCAGACAGACGGGGGGCGUCAGAGCCAGAGAGGGGCCGGGCACCCACAGGGGACAGGGGCGCAGUGGCAGAGCCAGCGAAGGAGGGAAGGGGCGAGGGCCCAAGGGGCAGGGAGUCCACAGACGGAGGCCGCCAGACAGGGGCCUUUGAAGAAGCGGCCACUGCCUUCCCAGGGCUGAGGUCAGGCCAGGUCACGGCGGCGGCGGCGGCGGCAUGAGUGGCCUGACGCUCCUGAGGCGGAAUCCCAGCAGACAGGGCCUGGACGGCCUCCUGAGGCUCACCACCCAGUGGAACAUAGAGGACAAGGAGGAGGCCGCCCGUGAGCGGCGCCGGCGGGAGCGCGACAGGCAGCUGCGGGACCAGCACGAGGAGGGAGGCAGCCAUGCCCCAGAGCUGCCGGAGCAGGAGGCGCUCCUCAGCCCGAAGCCCUCGGAGGCCCCCGGACUGGAUGAGGAUGAGGGUUUUGGCGACUGGUCCCAGAAGCCAGAGCAGCAGCAGCAGCGCUGGGGGGCCGAGGGGAUCUCGGACGGCGGGGAGCCCCCUCAGGAUGAGAGCCCCGAGUGGGAGCAGGAGGAGGACAGGCACCCACAGCCUACCUAUGAAGAUGAGGAUGGUGAUGUGCUGAACCAAGCUGAGGCCUGUUUGGAGGAGUUACGUCUGAGGCAGGAGGGGCCAGGCCCAGAGGAGAAUGCCCAGGGCAGUCUGGGGGCAGAGGAGGAGGUGACAGCUCCCCCCAAGGGGACGCCCAGCCCCUUGGCCUUGGAGGAGACCGCCGAACAGAGAUCACCUCCCCUGAGUCCCACCACCAAACUCAUUGACAGGACCGAGUCCCUGAACCGUUCCAUACAGAAGAGUAACAGUGUGAAGAAGUCCCAGCCGGCCCUGCCCAUCUCCACAAUCGAUGAGCGGCUGGAGCAGUACACCCAGGCCAUCGAGACUGCUGGCCGGACCCCCAAGCUAGCCCGCCAGGCCUCCAUAGAGCUGCCCAGCAUGGCCGUGGCCAGUACCAAGAGUCGAUGGGAGAUGGGAGAGGUGCAGGCCCAGUCUGUGGCCAAGACCCCUUCCUGCAAGGAUAUUGUAGCUGGAGACAUGAGCAAGAAAAGCCUCUGGGAGCAGAAAGGAGGCUCUAAGACCUCAUCAACAGUUAAGAGCACCCCAUCUGGGAAGAGGUACAAGUUUGUGGCCACUGGACAUGGGAAGUAUGAGAAAGUACUCGUGGAUGAGGGCGCCAUGCCCUAGGAUGCCCACAUCGCUUCCGGGUCCGCAGGCGCAGGCUGACAGCACUUUCCAUGUUCCCUGGGGAGGUUCCGGCUAGCUCCCUGACCCCAGCACUGGCUAAGAAGUCACUUCCAGUAGCCAGCCUGGCCUGGCCUGGCCCCCCAGCAUCCCCCACAGCCACCCCACCUCCUCCCGCUCUUGGACCUCCCAUCCUCUCUCCCCUCCCACUCUCUGACCCCCCAGCUCUGCCUCUCACAGCUGGUGGGAGGAAAGAAACACCCUGACCAUUGGUUAACGGGACCCAUCCUAGGAGGCCAACAGCCCCCUAGGAAGGCGGGAGAUUGGAGCACAACCUGCGCAGAGAAGGCUGGUCACCCUACCGAUUCCAAGGGGUGCCUGCAGGGUGACCUCCAGGCUGACAGCCACUGACGCCCGUGCUGGGUGCUCAGGACUCUGCGUCCCCCCCCCAUUGCUUGCAGCCCCCACCCCAUUUUGUGUAAUAAAGCUUGUGGUG